AGCAAGAGGAUCGAAGAGAGUCUUUCUUGGGCAGCAAAGAGAUAGGCUGAAGGAGGAGGAGGAGGAAAUUGCCUGGCAAAGUUGACUCUUCCAGCCUGCAGGAGAAAGCAGGAGCUGUCUAGUGGGCUAAACGGAGAGCGUGCCCAUACGGAUAAACGGAGGAACUGCCCAGGGUCCUGAACAGUGGAGCUGCCCCUUGGUGCUGAAAGGAGGAAAUUUCCCAGAGCUGAGCGGAGGAGCUAUCCGCGGUGCUGAACGGCGGCAACUCAAUGGCACUGAACAGAGGGUGCUGACAUAGAGGCACUCCCCUUGGUGCUAAACGGAGGAAAUUCUCCAUAAGUUUGAAUGGAAGGAGCUGUCCAGGGUCCUGAAACUCUACAUAUCGGAAGCAAGCGCUUAAACCACACACUCUCUCUACUCUUUUCGGAUAAGCGAUUGCUGGGCUGAACCUCCGCGAUCAUUUUUCUUCUUAAGGGAGAAGAAGGGAAGGACAGUACUUGGGCUGGGUUUUCAACCCUUUGGGUCUGAAUGGAACUUUUGCCUCCUCUUCUCCACUGGGCGCUUUUGGGCUUUUAGGAGCCAGGGAUUCAGCAGUGUUGCUUCUCUUUCUCCUCUGACCUCAGCUAGCCUCCCUCCUCCGGGGACCCUUUGGCCAAGGAACGACCUUGAGGGUCAUGGUGCCCGCCCGCCUGGCUGGUGGGCACCGAAGAAGCGGAGGCAGAGGAGAGGGCCACCUGGGCCCCUCUGUCGUGCAGGCCCAAUCAACCCGUUGGCUCCCCAGCUGUGAGCGCCACCUUGCCACAGUUGGGGCUUCACCAGCCGCUGGAGCGCUACUACCAUGAACUGCCUCGUCCACCUUCCCACAGCUACUCCACGGCACUGGGCUCCGGAGAGCUUGCCAGACCCUCCCCGCCACCCUCCCCACCACCACCCUUUCGCUCCAGAUCCAGGAUCUCCAUGCCCAGGAUGCCGGGGGGCAAGAGAGGACUGGUGGCACCACAGAACACGUUCUUGGAGAACAUUGUCCGGCGCUCAAGUGAGUCAAGUUUUUUGCUGGGCAAUGCUCAGAUUGUGGACUGGCCUGUAGUUUAUAGUAAUGACGGAUUUUGUAAAUUGUCUGGGUACCACAGAGCUGACGUCAUGCAGAAAAGUAGCACAUGCAGUUUUAUGUAUGGGGAACUCACAGACAAGAAAACCAUUGAGAAAGUCAGACAAACAUUUGACAACUAUGAAUCGAACUGCUUUGAAAUACUCUUGUAUAAGAAAAACAGAACACCUGUUUGGUUUUACAUGCAAAUUGCGCCGAUCAGAAAUGAACAUGACAAAGUGGUGUUGUUCCUGUGCACUUUUAAAGAUAUCACUUUAUUCAAGCAACCUAUUGAAGAUGAAUCAACCAAAGGCUGGACAAAAUUUGCUCGAUUGACCCGUGCUUUGACGAAUAGCCGGAGUGUUCUACAGCAGCUGACUCCUAUGAACAAAGCAGAGGUUGUCCAUAAACACUCACGGUUAGCUGAAGUUCUCCAACUGGGUUCUGAUAUUCUUCCACAAUACAAGCAAGAAGCCCCAAAGACCCCCCCACACAUAAUUUUACACUACUGCGCUUUCAAAACCACCUGGGACUGGGUCAUCUUGAUUCUCACCUUCUACACAGCCAUUAUGGUUCCUUACAACGUCUCCUUCAAAACAAAGCAGAACAACAUUGCAUGGCUAGUCCUGGACAGCGUGGUAGAUGUUAUUUUCCUGGUGGACAUAGUCCUGAAUUUUCACACAACCUUUGUUGGACCUGGUGGAGAAGUCAUAUCUGAUCCCAAACUAAUCAGGAUGAACUACCUGAAAACCUGGUUCGUGAUAGACCUCUUGUCAUGUUUACCUUACGAUAUCAUCAAUGCCUUUGAAAAUGUGGAUGAGGGGAUCAGCAGCCUCUUCAGUUCCUUAAAAGUGGUGCGCCUUCUGCGACUGGGCCGUGUCGCCAGGAAGUUGGACCAUUAUCUGGAAUACGGAGCGGCUGUGUUGGUGCUCCUGGUCUGUGUCUUUGGACUAGUGGCCCACUGGCUAGCUUGUAUAUGGUACAGCAUCGGGGACUAUGAGGUUAUUGAUGAAAUCACGAAUACUCUCAAAAAGGAUAGCUGGCUCUGCCAGUUGGCAGAGAGUAUUGGAACACCGUAUCGGUACAACUCUUCAGGAAAAGGGCAGUGGGAAGGAGGACCCAGUAAAGACUCACUCUAUAUUACUUCACUCUACUUUACCAUGACAAGCCUUACGACAAUAGGAUUUGGAAACAUAGCUCCAACCACUGAUGGAGAGAAGAUCUUUUCAGUGGCCAUGAUGAUGGUUGGCUCUCUUCUUUAUGCAACCAUUUUUGGAAAUGUCACCACAAUUUUCCAACAAAUGUAUGCCAACACCAACCGCUACCAUGAGAUGUUGAACAAUGUGAGAGAUUUCUUAAAGUUGUACCAAGUCCCUAAAGGCCUUAGUGAACGAGUCAUGGAUUAUAUCGUCUCCACAUGGUCCAUGUCCAAAGGGAUUGAUACAGAGAAGGUCCUUUCAAUUUGUCCCAAAGACAUGAGAGCAGAUAUUUGUGUACAUCUCAACCGGAAAGUCUUUAAUGAACAUCCGGCUUUUCGGCUAGCUAGUGAUGGCUGCCUGAGAGCCCUCGCCGUUGAGUUCCAGACGAUUCACUGCGCUCCUGGAGACCUCAUCUACCACGCCGGUGAAAGUGUUGAUGCCCUCUGCUUUGUCGUCUCAGGAUCCCUAGAAGUCAUACAGGAUGAUGAAGUGGUGGCUAUAUUAGGCAAAGGUGAUGUGUUUGGUGACAUCUUCUGGAAAGAAACCACUUUGGCCCAUGCGUGUGCUAAUGUGAGGGCACUGACAUACUGCGAUUUGCACAUUAUCAAGCGGGAAGCCUUGCUGAAAGUUUUGGACUUUUAUACUGCUUUUGCAAACUCCUUCUCAAGAAAUCUCACACUCACCUGCAAUCUAAGGAAACGGAUAAUCUUCAGAAAAAUCAGUGAUGUCAAAAAGGAAGAGGAGGAGCGCAUGAGGCAGAAGAAUGAGGUGACUUUGAGCAUCCCUGUAGACCAUCCUGUAAGGAAGCUCUUCCAGAAAUUCAAGCAGCAGAAGGAAAUGCGAAACCAAGGCACAACGAUUAUUGACCCGGAGAGGAACACCCUCCAGGUGGAGACCCGGACCAUGCAGAACGGUGCCGCCAUCACUGGCACAAGUGUGGUCACUGUGUCUCAGAUCACACCCAUCCAGACAUCCCUGUCCUAUGUGAAAACCAGCGAGGCUAUCAAACAGAAUAACCGGGAAGCCUUGGAGCUCAAGCCCAACACCAAUGGAGAACAAAAAUGCCUCAAGGUUACUAGCCCCGUAAGGGUGAAAAAUGGGAAUGGGAAAGGAUGGCUUCGGCUAAAGAAUAAUAUGGUGAGCCAAGAAGAGAAAAAGGAAGAGUGGAAUAAUGUCACCAAGGCAGAGUCCAUGGGUCUGUUGUCUGAUGACCCCAAGAGUAUCGACUCAGAGAAUGGGGUAAAUAAAAACCCAUUGAGGAAAACAGACUCAUGUGACAGUGGGAUAACUAAAAGUGACCUUCGUUUGGACAAAGCUGGUGAGAACCGUAGCCCUUUGGAACACAGCCCUAUUCAAGCGGAUGCAAAACACCCCUUUUACCCUAUCCCUGAACAGGCCUUACAAACUACCCUCCAGGAGGUUAAACAUGAACUCAAAGAAGAUAUUCAGCUGCUAAGCAGCAGGAUGGCUGUCCUGGAGAAGCAGGUGGCUGAGAUUUUAAAAAUACUGUCUGAAAAAAACACGCUGCAGACACCUUCUCCAAAAUCUCAUUUAUCUCCUCAGCUACCAUCCCAAAUAUCUUGUCAGGACAUUUUUAGUGUCUCAAGGCCAGUGUCGCCAGAAUCAGAAAAAGAGGAAAUCCACUUUUAAUAUACACCUGUUUCUCUUUGUAUACUAAAGGUAUACCGUGAAAUGGGCAUGCACACAGAGACAUACACAGACACGCACACACACAAAUAUAUAGCAUAUCUAUAGAAGUGCCUAUGUAUGUGUCCGUGUGUGUAUGUGUAUAUAUAGAAUAAAUUAUAUAGAGAUAUAUAAAAACAUAUAUUUUCACUUGCAUUCAAUAUGACUUGAACACAGAAAAAUGGAUUUUGAUAUGUACAUACUGCAUGUCCAGCUGGAUUCUGGCCUGCCAAAGAAAACAGUUAUUAACAUAGAUAUUGCUUGUAUAAUAUGCAGUUGACUGCAUGCACACUUUCAAUUUAUUUAUAAUCUCUAUUAUAAAAUAAAAGGAUGGAUUUUGUUUAAA